CAAUGACUCAACUCCUAAAACUCUCAUUACUGCGGCGUUCACCCUAAAUCGAGAUAAAACCCUAAAACAAAACUCCUCCAUCGCUCACCCUCAGCUCUCACCGUCGUUCACCCUCCUCCUCUUCUCACUGUCGUAUGUUCUUCCUCCACCCUGCCGCGUUCACCCUCCUCCUCCAUCUUAGUGCUCGUGGUCAAGGUCGGGAAAAGGCUCAGCUCCGUGACGCAAGUAUGAAAGGGUUCUGUGCAGUUCAAAGCCUCCUCUCACCAUACCAUCCACCGCACUACUCUGCUCGCCGGUAGAUCCCGCUUCUCGCCGCCGCUACCACCUACUCGCCUCUACCAUAGGUACUGCGGUUGUCGUCCUCCCUUCUGGCCGACCAAAUCUUCUGUUACUCCUCUUUUCUUUCUCAAGGAGAACAAUUUUGGUCGUGCGAACCCAAAUGAAGAAAUACCCUCAUAUAGUCUACGAGGAGCUUCGUGAAGCACGGGAACCAAAUGAGGUUGCAUCAGAAGAAGAUAGUAGAUGUGACAAAAUAGAAGAGGAACUGGUGACAGGUUUAUCUUGGGUUCCGUGGGAGAAGGUUGAUGUCAGUUUCCACAGCAGUAGGUCAAGGUUUUCUGCUCAUAGUGUCAUACAGGUCUGUCGUCGCUGCUUGUAGAAUAACCAGUGGUGUGUUUUGGGUUAUAAUUUUGAACUAGAGGGGUUUGUGAAGAUGAGUGAUAACUUGAUGGAUAAAGUCACCUCAUUGGGUGAGCGCCUAAAGAUCGGUGGGAUUGAGGUUGGUAAGAAAAUGAGUGCUGGUGUGAGAUCGAUGGGUGACAAGAUGAAGGAAUUAUUCCAAGGGCUGAAUCAGACGGAUAAGAUUGUUGAGGAGGCCACUGUAGAGACCCUCGAGGAGCCAGAUUGGGCCACGAAUCUGGAGAUAUGUGACAUGGUUAAUCAAGAGAGAGUCAAUAGUAUUGACUUGAUUCGAGGGAAAAAGAAGCGGAUUAUGUUAAAGACCCAUAGGGUUCAGUAUUUGUCUAUGGUGUUGCUCGAAACUGUUGUUAAGAACUGCGAAAAAGACUUCUCUAAGGUGGCGUCUGAGAGGGUUCUUGAUGAGAUGGUGAAGUUGAUUGAUGACCCUCAAACUGUGAUUAUGAACAGGAACAAGGCACUUAUGUUAAUUGAAUCCCGGGGGGAAUCUUCAAACGAACUCAGAUACUUGCCUGUAUUUGAAGAAACAUAUAAGAGCUUGAGAUCGAGAGGAAUCCGAUUCCCAGGACGUGAUGAUGAGAGUUUGGCACCUGUUUUUACCCCUCCUUGCUCUGUCCUUGAAGCAGAUGUGAAUGCACCUCUUGCACAGCCUGAUAUUCCAGUACAAAGCUUCUCAGAAGAAGACACAAAAGAAGCAUUUAAUGUCGCACGGAAUUGCAUUGAGCUUUCUUUCAACCGUUCUAUCUUCUUCUCCCGAACAAGAUGUGCUGCAGGAUGAAGACAUCUAUUCAUAUUUCGAGGCAGAGCCUCGUGUGAAACCUUUAAGGGCAUCAAGAAGUGAGGUAGUAGAUGGAGAAAUAUUGGCUUCUCCAUGCAUUCGUAGUGGACUUUUUCAUAGUGGACUUAUUGUUGAAAUUGAAUGUUAAUUUGUAUAUUGUUAGUGUGAGCUAGAGGAAAUAAAACUAAGACUUUCACAUUUUGUAUUAUAACAUUUCCGGUAUCGGGGAGGGUCAAAUUACAAAGGAAACAUUGCCGAAA